UUUUUUGUUUCAGCUUUUCAGUCGUCUUUCUUAGAAUAUUCAAUCCAAAACAGCAUUAUCACCGAAAAGUAUAAUGGUGUCGAAGGUUUAUGUAAACUAUUGAAAACCGAUCCAAUUAACGGGUUACCAAAUGAUAAAGUGGAACUUGAUCGAAGACGUUUGGUGUAUGGUAAAAAUGAAAUACCCCCUGCACCCAGUAAAUCGUUCAUACGACUUGCCUGGGAAGCAUUACAAGAUAUUACUUUAAUAAUUCUAAUGAUAUCGGCGUUAGUAUCAUUGGGAUUGUCUUUCUACAAUCCUCCAUCUGAGCACUCAUCAGACUCCAGCGAACAUACUGCUGGUUGGAUUGAGGGUGUUGCAAUAUUGGUCGCCGUAAUAGUUGUUGUUUUAGUUACUGCCUUAAAUGAUUGGACAAAAGAAAAGCAGUUUAGAAGUCUUCAGUCGAAAAUCGAAACAGAACAUAAGUUUUCUGUAAUUCGUGGCGGUGAUGCUCAGGAUGUCGUUGUUUCCGAUUUGGUUGUUGGUGAUAUUGCGCGCUUAAAAUAUGGUGAUUUGUUACCUGUUGAUGGUCUUCUUUUGCAAAGUAAUGACUUAAAGAUCGAUGAGUCUUCACUAACCGGUGAAUCUGAUCUGAUCAAAAAAAGUACAAACGCAAUGGAAGGCAGUGGUAAAAUUUUAGUAACUGCUGUUGGGGUAAAUUCGCAAACGGGUAUAAUCAUGACACUUCUUGGGUCUACAAAAUCUGAAAACAAUAGUAAAAGUAAUUCCGUGGCUCCAGAAGAACAUAUAAACGGCAUUAAAAGUGACGGUCAUACAGUUUCUGUUUCUGCAGUUGAAUUCAAAGACAAAAAACGUUCCAAUGGUUUAGAGCCAGUUGAAGAAGAAUCAAAAUUGGCUAAAUCAAUUUUACAAGAAAAGUUGUCUGCUUUAGCGCUACAAAUUGGUUACAUUGGAUUUGUGGUUGCUGGAGCGACAGUAAUUAUUCUGAUAGUUAAACAUUGUAUCUCAAAAUAUGCAAUUGACCAAAAAGCAUUUGAAACUUCUGAUAUAUCAUAUUUUGUUAACUAUAUAAUUACCGGUGUGACGGUUUUGGUUAUUGCUGUACCUGAAGGUUUACCGUUGGCAAUAACGCUUGCUUUAACUUAUUCUGUCAAAAAGAUGAUGAAAGAUAAUAAUUUGGUAAGGCAUCUUGACGCAUGUGAAACUAUGGGGAAUGCAACGGCAAUAUGUUCUGAUAAAACUGGUACUCUGACUACAAAUCGAAUGACUGUAGUACAGUCUUAUAUCAACGAAAAUUUUUACAAAGGAGCUGCUCCAAAAUAUGAACAAUUGAAUGAAAAAACUCGUCAGUUGUUGGUUGAUGGAAUAUGUAUAAAUGGUGGCUACAGUACUCAUGUAAGUGAGCCACAAAAACCAGGCGAGAGGAGGACACAGAUAGGAAAUAAAACUGAAUGUGCGCUUCUGGGCUUUGUUCUUGACCUCGGUCGCUCUUAUAUGGAUGUAAGAAAAGAGCAUCCUGAAGAAAGCUUAUUGAAAGUAUACACCUUCAACUCGGUUCGUAAAUCAAUGAUGACUGUUAUUAAUCGUCCAGGUGGAGGCUUUCGCGUUUAUGCAAAAGGUGCAUCAGAGAUCAUCUUAUCUAGGUGUUCGUACAUUUUGGGAGCACAAGGCAAAGUUAUUCCAUUCAACGAUAAGCAGCGAGAAAGCAUGACACGGAACGUGAUUGAACCAAUGGCGUCAGAUGGAUUACGCACACUUGGUCUUGCAUACAAAGAUUACAUACCUAAUGACCAGAAUAUUGAAGCGAACGAAGUACACUUUACUGGUGAGGUGAACUGGGAUGAUGAAGAGUCUGUUAGAAAUGGAAUGACUGCGAUUGCAAUUGUUGGAAUUCAAGACCCAGUUCGUCCAGAAGUUCCAGAAGCUAUUCAACGAUGUCAGAAUGCAGGAAUAACUGUGCGUAUGGUCACUGGAGAUAACAUCAACACGGCUCGUGCUAUUGCAACCCAGUGUGGUAUUCUGAAACCCGGGGGAGACUUUUUAGCCCUUGAUGGAAAAGAGUUUAAUGAAAGAAUCAAAAACAGUGAUGGAAGUGUCAGCCAAGAGAAAUUGGAUGCAGUAUGGCCUAGGCUGCGAGUAUUAGCGAGAGCACAGCCAAAAGAUAAAUACGUCCUCGUCAAAGGGAUCAUCGAUAGCAAACAUUCUAAAAACAGGGAGGUUGUUGCCGUAACAGGCGAUGGUACAAAUGACGCUCCGGCCUUGAAAAAAGCCGAUGUCGGCUUUGCCAUGGGGAUCGCCGGAACUGACGUUGCCAAAGAAGCUUCUGAUAUUAUUUUGACCGAUGACAACUUCACUUCGAUAGUUAAGGCUGUAAUGUGGGGGCGAAAUGUUUACGAUUCAAUAGCUAAAUUUUUACAGUUUCAACUUACGGUUAACGUUGUUGCUGUUACUAUUGCGUUCAUUGGUGCAUGUGCAAUAACAGACUCACCAUUAAAGGCUGUUCAAAUGCUUUGGGUAAAUCUAAUUAUGGAUACUUUGGCAUCAUUAGCAUUAGCAACUGAAUAUCCGACUGCCGACUUACUGAAUCGAAAACCAUAUGGUCGCACUAAAUCUUUGAUCUCACGAACAAUGGUGAAGAACAUACUUGGACAUGCUAUCUUUCAACUUAUAGUAUUAAUGGCGGUACUUUUUUGGGGCGACAAGUUUAUUCCUGGCAUUACCAAUGCUCGUGGAGCUCCGCCAAAUGCACCACCUUCAAGACAUUUUACCAUCAUCUUUAACGCAUUCGUACUGAUGACUCUAGUAAAUGAGAUUAAUUCCAGGAAAGUUCAUAGUGAACGAAAUGUUUUUAAGGGUCUUUUCACUAAUGCCAUCUUUUGUGUCAUCUGGGUGGCUACACUGAUUGCACAAGUUUUAAUUGUCCAGUACGGCGGUGCUUGGGUUUCCACGGCUCCUUUGAAUCUGAUACAGUGGGGAUUUUGUGUAGGAUGUGGUUUUGCUACGCUGAUCUGGGGACAGAUUAUUUCCACUAUACCUAGCACUAUUCUGCCACAGUCGUUCUCCUUUGGACGAGGUGAAGUUAAACCAACAUCAAUACUUGUGACCGGCGAAUAUGAACAGCCUGCCGGAUUUUUGUCGAAAGAUGCAGACAGUAGGAGCGGUCAACACCUAUGGUUACUUGGUCUAACCAGACUGCAAACUCAGAUGCGAGUGGUUCGUGCCUUCCAGUCCAGUACAGCAUUUUCGCAUCCAUCGUCGUUGACGACCACAACGGCAGAACGUUUACGGGCAAGUUAUCGGCGGCUACAAAUUGCUCGUGAACUUGAGGAAAGGAAAAGUGCGUAAUA